ACAAAACAGUAAAACCAAGCGAAACACAAGGAAGAGAGGGAGGGAAAGAGAAUGGUAUUUUCUACAAGUAACUCGCAUUUCUUCUGUGCUCGUCCAUGGCUUCUCAAUCGCUCACCCCUUCAAACCCUUCCUGACUCCUCUUUAAAUCUUAAGCAAUCAUUCCCUACCUUCACUUCACUUUCAAUCUCAAUCUGCGGCAGUAGUAGUUGCAGUUCUACAAACAAUAGCUUCAGAGUCACUCGAUGCGGAGCUGCUAAGCAGCAAAAUGGUUCCUCGGUCAAGAAGCGACAACGAGCACCGCCUAAGAAGAAGAGCAGUGCUCCGAAGACGGUGGAUGUGGAUACCGGCGAUGGCGAUUCUGCUGAUUCAGGCGCUCUGUCGCAACCUUAUCAACUGUUGCCGCUUCCAAAACCCCCUGCUGGGUUCGUGCUGGAUGAUAAUGGGAAGGUGCUUAUGGCUUCUUCCAAGCGAAUUGCAUCCAUUGUUGACUCUACAAGUAAUUUGCCAUUGGAGUGCAUAAUAAGAAGAGUAUUCAGAACUUCUCGAGGGGAUGAGUGUAUGCUGUUGUGCCCAGUAGAUACGCCUGUUCAGAUAUUGAAGAGCACAAACAUUGAGGGGUGGUCAGCUGUCAGUGAUGAGGAGGUUGAGGCUAUUCUUCCUGCUGCUGCUUAUGCUCUUGCAAAGAUACAUAUGCAUCUGGUGUUUACUGGAUUUUGUUAUACAGCACGGGGAGGAUUUUGCUAUUCAGAAGAGGAUAUAUUUGAAUUUCGUGCAGAUGAUGGUCAAGACAUUGAUGGCAUACCAAGUGAAGGUUUAGAGAUUACUUGCUUCCAUCAGGAUGGUGCACAAUAUAUGAUUUAUACACCAUCUGAUCCACUUCUAUUUGUUGCUGUAAAGGACCAGAAUGGCCUAUUACAAAUUGCAGAUGAUGAACUCUUAGAGGAUCCUGCCACUAUCGGUGCAAUAGAUGAAGAGACAGAAUUCAAUGCUUUAGUGGAGGAAGAGGCUGCUCUUCUUGAAUCAUUGUUAGGAGAAAGAUGACCAGAUUGUUAGUGUUCGCUGGGAAGUGUGCAUAUCUUUGUCAGGCGAAAGAUGAUGAUGCCAUUGGUGCUUAUGGAAAAAGCUUAUGCUCAUGUUGAUUCUGGUUCACACUACAAGUGCCAAACCGCAGUUCACAUGCAAGUGGAAAACACAGCCGUUCUCGGCAUCAUGUAUAUAAAUGUAUUUUGCAUACUAGUUUAUCCAGCUUGAGGCUGUGCGCAUAUUCAUUCA